CGUGUUUAUUUGUUGGCAUACUUCUUAAUGAUGUAAUCACUUUAAAUAUAUUUUCAAUCGCGUAGAGAUUUCUGGGUAAAGAUUGGCUUUCUCGGGAAAAGGUAAAGCAUUACUGGUUGCCGAGCUGAAGACGCCAGCCGUGAUAAGUAAUGGAUCACGAUACAGAAUACAACGACUUGGGCGAUACGGUCAGAGUUCGGGUGCGAGUCCCAGGGCUAGAGCCAGAGGGUGGAUCAUGUUGUGGAAGCGACUCCAAUGCAGAACCCAGAGCUAAAAAUGCAACCUUUGAUGGGCCGCAUUUUGAAGAAAAAGGUUAUAGAGUAAAAGUCACUGUUAAUAAAAGAAGUCACGAGAUAGCAGAGUCAAACAUUGAAAAUGCUAUUGUUCCUGGAGAAUGCUAUUCCCAGGUGAAGACCGGUUUCCUUCUCUUGUUUCUGAAAAAGAAAAGCCCACGUCAAUCUUGGGAGAGCACUAUCCGAGCUGGACAUCUGUAACUAUAGUGAAAAACUGCAUCAAAUGAAACGUUGGCUCCACAGAUGGCAAUGUGUUUACAAUGUAGAAUACACGCACUUUUGUUCGUUAUUAGGCCUGGCUCACGCAACAAGGCGAAAUGACCAAAUACUUCGUUUUAAUCGGCCUGAUUUCGCCCUGUCAUUGUCAAUUAAACAAAACCGAUAUCGCCUUUUAAAAAUAGUAGUGGUCACUUAGUAUACAGUCAUGGAUAAAUGUUAAAUAACUUGAAGAAAGUUACAUUUGAACGCCUCUUCUAGUGUCAGUUGCAAUUAUCUGUCAAGCGAGUCUCUGGAAAACCCCCCAAUCUAUUCCUUGACACAUUACCCUGCGACAUGGUUAAAGAUAGCUAAUCCCAGACCACGCCUUAGUGCCUAGCGCUAAAAGUAAAAUAUACUAGUGGCUGUUGAAGCGGAUCUUUUAGCACCGGUAGUUCUAUUAUUUAUUUCGUAUACAUACAAUAAAUAUUUAAAACUCUUUAAUUUGCUCAAUGAAACCUCGUUUAAAACCAUUUCUUUGCACGCUAAAAUAAUAUUGUCACUUGAUCAUAAAUGGUGAUACUGUUUAUUACAGUUUUCAGAAACAAGUUUUGUUUUGUUAAUAUAUUUACACAAUCUCGUGGAAUUGAUCAUUGUCAAGUUUCACUUAAAAAGACACAAAUAAAUUAUUAUUCUGCAUUAGGGGAUCGCUUUUAUAUUAAAAAAGGUGUGGGGGGGGGGGGGGGGGGGGGGGGGUUCUACAGGAAUAUUGAAAUUAUCAAAUCAACUCUUUCAAGAGGCUGUCCAGACUAUUCUAAACCGUGUGAUCGUAAGCCCAUAAAUAAUGUACAUACUUAAAACUGUUGUGUAUACCUAGGAUCUAUAAAAGGAAUGUACAAGAACUAGUCAUAUAACUAAUUAAAGAUAAACUAAAACGUCGUAAUAAGAAUUUCAGGCAAUGUAGGAUUCAUAACUCCUCUCAAACAAACGGUUAGCUUAGUUCUUGCAUACAGUUAUACAGUUUAAUUUUUUUUUUUUUUUAAGGAACACCAUAAAGCUCUAAAGUGUUUAAAUCGCUCUCUGAUAAAUUUAAAAAGUUUUAUGACUGAUGAAAAUGAAAUUGCAAUAGCUCUGGACAAAUACUGCUAUUUAGGUUUUGAAGUCAGAAAAUCCUAUCUUAAUACUAAUUGUUUGACAGUGCAACAGACAUAACUGUUAGUUAAUAGUUUUCUUUCUUAUAUUGUUAUGUUUAUAGAUAUAGCUCAAUAUAUUUGAUACUGUACAUUGCAUUGUUACACGUUUGUCGUUUCAUUAUAACAUACAUAAACUUUGUCAAUAAAAAUGCAGGAAACUA